AUUCGAGCUGCCGCUCGUUGACAAGAUAUGAAGGCAACGCAUUGCGUCAUAUGAGAGCAUAGAGCGAUAUAUUCGUCAAGCAUGUCACGGUUUGUUAUCAGGUACAAGUCCGUCGAGAAUCACCGCGAGGAAAGAUGCUACUGGCAUUUACGUACAUUUACGAGUGCAUACAUAUGCACUAUACAAAGGCCGUUAACGUGAACUCCAAACGUAAGAAUGUCGCCACGGACGGUAUGAUACCGAAUCGUUUCAUCUUCACGUUCGUCUUUGUAUCCGGACUCGCCGCUGCUUUCGUCGUCACAUUACUGGCACAAUAUUUACGCGGCGUGCCCACCGAUUACGAGGAGAAUGAAUUCCGUAACAAGUUUGCAUCGCUUCCCUUGGAAAGUUUUUUGAAUGUUUACUACGACAGCAGACUCACCUUUCCAUCAGAUAACACCGAACUCGAUAAAGUGCAAGUUCAGAACACUAUGGCAUCGACAGCAGAAGCCCUGACGUCUUUGCAGUUAGCAAUGGAGAUGAAAGUAUCUGGAAAGCAAAAGAAAGCUAUAAAAUUGUUCCAACAUGCUGUGGCAUUAGCACCUUGUCAUCCAGAUGUUUUGAAUCAUUAUGGAGAGUUUUUAGAGCAUACUCAGAACAAUAUAAUCAAAGCUAAUGAGUUUUACGUACGUGCUUUAACUUACAAACCGAAUCAUGAAGGUGCUUUGGUAAACAGUCAAAGAACAGCUCGAGUAGUCGAGGAACUCGACAGACUAAUGCUCAAACGCAUUGACGAGAAAAGAAAUACACUGUCAAAUAUACCUGAUGACAAUGUCGCAUUAAUACGUGCUAAAACAGAGGCUUAUUUCCAGCAUAUUUAUCACACAGUUGGAAUUGAAGGAAAUACUAUGAAUCUGGCACAGACAAGAGCUAUAGUCGAGACACGCCUUGCAGUUGAUGGAAAGAGUAUUGAUGAACACAAUGAAAUCAUUGGAUUAGAUGCUGCCAUGAAAUAUAUCAUUGCGACCAUGGGCAAUAAGGUAUGGUCCAUUUCUAUAAAAAAUAUAUUAGAAAUACAUAGACGUGUGCUAGGACAUGUGAAUCCUGUCGAAGGUGGUGAAUUUCGAAGAACUCAAGUGUACGUUGGUGGCCAUAUACCUCCAGGUCCAGAUGAUAUACAUUAUUUGAUGGAGGAAUUUGUAUUAUGGUUAAAUAGUGAACAAGCCAUCAGAAUGCAUCCAGUAAGAUAUGCUGCUCUCGCACAUUAUAAAUUGGUACAUAUACAUCCGUUUGCCGAUGGAAACGGUAGAACAUCCCGCUUGCUCAUGAAUAUGAUUCUUAUGCGGGCCGGAUAUCCGCCUGUUAUCAUCCAUAAACAACACCGUCAUAAAUAUUAUGAAAAUUUGCAAUUGGCAAAUACCGGAGAUGUGAGACCAUUUGUAAGAUUUAUAGCAGAAUGCACAGAGCAGACAUUGGAUUUGUUCUUAUGGGCAACUAGCGAAUUUUCUCGACAAGAGACCCCUGCUCUGAGCCAAGAAACUUUAUUUACGGAAGAUCAUAAUACGAUAAUUUUGGAUGACGAGAGCAGAAAAAUAUUGGAAAAUUAUUAAAAAGUAAGAUCUGUUAAGUCAAAAUUUGAAAUAUUUUUGAGACCAAAGAAUAUUAAUGUUAUUUAUAUAUUUGAUAUCAUUAUUUAUUAAUAACUUCAAUUUUUAAACUCGAGUAACUAAAAGGUUAAAUAAUUUACUUAACUAUUUAAAGAUCGAGAUAUCAAAUAAAAUCGUUAGAAAAUGAAGUCUAUUCACGAACAAGAUUAUUACAGAGCUAAAACAUAUCGCUCUUAAUAAGUGAUUUAUGAAAAUGUGGUAAUUCUAUUUAAAAGCUGCCAAUUUAUUUUACUGCAUGUCCAUGUAAAUAUGAAUCUUCCAUUGUACUGUACAAAACAUGAAUUAAUUUAUAAUAUUUAUAAUAUUUAAAGUGUGUAUAUAAUAGAUGUAAUAGAGAAAGUACAAA